GUUUGAGGCAAACUCCCACUCACCCAUUUUCUUUCCUUUUCUCUCUUUCUUUCUUUCUUUCUUUCUAAAUCUUAAUACAGAUUUGAAUAAGAUUUUGCAUAUUUCUAAGGUCUGUUCUCUUCAUUUCUAUCAUUUAGAUCUGUUUUCAUCAUACAACAACCAAAUAUUGUUGUUGUUGGGUUCUGAAUAAGAUAUGGGUAGAGGAAAGAUUGAGAUAAAGAGAAUCGAAAACACAACAAAUCGUCAGGUCACCUUCUGCAAGAGAAGAAAUGGUCUCUUGAAGAAAGCUUAUGAACUCUCUGUUCUUUGUGAUGCUGAAGUUGCCCUCAUUGUCUUCUCCAGCCGUGGCCGUCUCUAUGAGUACUCCAACAACAGUAUCAAAACUACUAUUGAUAGGUACAAGAAGGCUUGUUCUGAUAGCUCAGCCACCAGCUCUGUCACUGAACUAAAUACUCAAUAUUAUCAGCAAGAAUCAGCAAAGCUGCGCCAACAAAUCCAAAUGCUUCAGAAUUCCAACAGCAAUCUUGUUAGGCACUUGAUGGGGGACUCCUUGAGUGCUCUUACAGUGAAAGAACUGAAGCAGCUGGAGAAUAGGCUCGAAAGAGGCAUCACUAGGAUCAGAUCAAAGAAGCAUGAAAUGUUGCUAGCUGAAAUUGAGUACCUGCAGAAACGGGAGAUCGAACUCGAGAACGAAAAUGUGUGUAUUAGAACCAAGAUAGCAGAGGUGGAGAGGCUUCAUCAAGCAAACAUGGAGUCUGGACAAGAACUGAAUGCAAUUCAGGCAUUGGCUUCUCGCAAUUUCUUCUCUCCUAAUAUCAUGGAAGGUGGAGCUGUCACUUUCUCUCACCAAGACUAGAGCUACUUGCUUCAUCUCAGAGAUGAUGAUGAUAUGAUGAUUUCCCGAUGUUUUGGAGACUGUAAUGAUGGGACAGAUGUUUGUAUUAAUUAAGGUUUAGAAAAUAUUGAGGUUACAAAAAAGGAUUAUAAUAAAAUAUGCCCAUCAUUUUGUGAUGAUUUUAUUUUAAUUAAUUUUGCGCGAUUAUUAAUGAUCA